GUCCCUGGGUGGGGCGCUGCGCCCAGGGCGCACGGGAGGCGGUGCUGCUGGCUGGCUGGCUGGCUGGCUGCCUGCCUGGGCCGAGCCCCGCUUGGAGCCGGAGCUGGGCCGGAUGGGGGGCGAGCUGCCGCCGCCCCUGCCUCCCCGGGCCCCGAUCUUGCUCAUUUUGCUCAGCUUGGCCGCGGGGAGCGGCGGGGAGAAGUUCAACUUGCAGGAUCUACUCUCAGAAGAGCAGCACUGCUGUCUUGGAGAUCCCUGGCCGUUCCCCCAGCAGCAGCAAGCUGUGCCGGUGACUCUCCCGGGCUCCUUAGGUGGAUCCCCUUCCACCUUGAAGCCAGAGUUGGAGGUUGGCAGCAGCAGCAUUUGGGAGAGCAAAAUCAUUUGCAUGGACACCAAGAUUGUCUACAACUGGAGUGUUUCUACCAGUGGGCCCCACAGAGCCCUGUGUGCAGACAACGAGGACUGUUCUUCCCGGCUCUGGCCCCACAAGUUGAAGCGUGGAGAUGUUGCUUUCCUCUACCACCCCUGCACUCACCCUGUCCUCCGUCGCCAGCUGGCCCUGCUCGCCCGAGCCUGCCUGCCCCACCACGUCCUAGCCCCGCACAGUGGCCUCACACGGGAACAGCCCCUGGCGCUGGUGGGCUGGGGGGCUGCUCUGCACAUGGCGAAGGUGGAGCUGGCCCCGGCGGUGGCGUGGCUCAAGAGAGACGCCUGCAGGAGGCACUUGCGGCAUCCGUGGAGGGGCUGGUUUGUGCCAGCCAGAGAAGUGUGCCCAGUGGACAGAGUACAGGUUUUGCAAAGGCUCUUCCAGUGCUGGGAAGACCGAAUUCUCGGGAAGCAGAAGGCGCCAGAGAGGCAGAGGCAAGCCCUUGGGGUCCCACCCCAGCGCCCUCGUCGCCAUGCAUCCAGGAGCAGGAGGAAUGCAGCCCAAGGCAGCAUCGCACCCCCGCUGCCGGCCAAGGCCCAAACCGAGGACAGUCUGCACCCGGCAGAGCCCAGCGGAGGGCUCCUGCUUCCCCGGGACAUCAGUGGGCCUUCACGCCCAGCCCUUCCCAGUUGGGAAGCUGCAGCCCCCAAACCGGAAUGCAAGUGCCCAGACACAAGCAACGCACAAGAGCCGCAGCAGAAGGAAGUGACAGGGCAGCAGGCGGGGGCUCGCCGUGGACCCACCCAACGCACCGAAGAAGCUGCGUGGGCUGCCAGCGCCCUGACCUUCCUGCUGGUGGUGCUGACGCUGGCUGUCCUCUACACGCGUCUCCACCAGAAUUGUCGCCGCAGCCGGAGUCUCUACUGGACAGCGAGUGGCGAGGAAGGGCAGGAGACUGUGGCUGCGAUCCUCAAACGCCGUCUCCUGCCGGCCCAGGGCAGGCGCAAGAAAAGAUCACAGCGGCAGCAGCAAAGGCCGCUUCUCCCCACUGUGUCCAGGGACAGCUCAGAGUAAGCCCUGCAUAUUUGGAGAAGCAUCUGGUAUGUGAUCCCCGGUUGGACUGGGCUUGACCCACGGAUGGAGGCAAGAGAGGCCAUCAGUCUGGAAGCUAAAGCACUGCUCUUAGUCCUAGGAGGAGCUGGCUCCUUGCUUUGAUUAUUUGGUUUCGCUCCCAGUGCCGGGGAGGAUCCCUUGCAGUGGGUUGUGAUGCCCACUUGCUCCAUGAGACGGGCUCUUGUGAGCUUUAGCCUCUCAGCGUAACCUACUUCACAGGAUUGUUGUGAGGAGAAACUCAAGUACGUAGUAUGCCACUCUGGGCUCCUUGGAGGAAGAGCGAGAUAUAAAUGGAAAAAUAAAUACAUAAA